AAAAAAGAAAAUAUAAAUUAUAAAAAAGGGGUUUUUCCACCUUACAGCAGGCAAAGGGGUUUAAACUAGGGCUUUGUUUGUGUGUGUGUGUGUUGAAUUCUCUCUACUGUUUAACCAAACAGUCCUCAAAUGUUGCAUUUCAACAUUACUCCGAUUCCCUCACCAUGAAUGUAGUACCGUUAUUCCAUUUCAGAGACAAAAAUGGCAGCAGAUGUUCCGGUAAAGCAGUUGUCUCUUCCUGUGAAUCCAUGCUGUGCAUUGUGGAAAGAGAAGUGUUCGAAGUUAGAAGGUGGACGGAAACAUUUGAGACAAGCAGUGCAGAUUCUUAAUGAACAAGUUGAUAAGAUUCAAGCCGAGAAUCUCGCACUCAAGAAAGCAUAUGAAGAAGAGAAGGCUCGAGCAGGAACUGAGAAAGUGGAGAGGGAGCAAGAGUUGGCUGCGAGAGUUGCUUUUGAGAAAGAGAUUUCUGCCUUGAAGUCCGAACUAUGUUCCUUGAAGCAAAAAGGAAUUGCAGAUGUUGAAGAUAAAACCGGGGAAUUGAAGAUUUUACAGGAUCAUGUUUCUAAAGCGGACAAGGAGAUUGCUCGGCUUAAAGCACUUCUUGAGAAGGAGAAGAAGAGGGCAGAUUCUGAGAAGAAGAAUGCCGAGGCACAAAAGAAAAGUGCUUCAGAGGCAUGGAAACUUAUGAAAGCUGAAAAGGCUAAGGCUGAGGAAGAGAGGAAGCUUGCUAACAGUGAAGGGAAGAAUGCUGAAGAAUAUCGUCUUCAGUUGGAGGGAUUGAGGAACGAAGUUGAGGAAGCCAAGUCAAAGUUGGUAUCUGAGACAUUGAAGUAUGAAGAGGCAAGCAAAAUGGUAGAAGCAGAAAAGAACAAAGUGACUGAAGAGAGGAAACGUGCUGAUUCAGAGAUGGAUAAAGCAGAGCAGCAAAGGAAGCUUGCAGAAGCAAAUGAGAAGAAGUUCAUGGAUGAAAAAUCUCUUGCUAACAGUCUUUCUCAGCAAUUGGAGGAUGCUAGACAAGAAGUUGAGGAGCUACAGAAAGAGAUAAAUAACCUUACAUCCUCCAAAAAUUUGGGUGAUGCUUCUAGAAAUCAAUACGAUCAAAUUAACAUUCCUCCCGUGAAUUCUGAAAUGUCUUCCUUACAGCAAAAAAGCAGUUCAGAUAUUGAAGAUAAAACAAGGGAGUUAAAGCUUUUUCAAGACUGUGUUUCUGAAGGGGAAAAGCAAAUCAAUCGGCUCAAGGUACUCCUUGAGAAAGAGAAAGAAGAGGCAGAUUAUGUAAAGAAGAAUGCUGAGGCAGAGAAGAAGAGAGCUGCUGAAGCAUGGGAACAUGUGAAAGCAGAAAAGGCUAAGGCUGAUGAAGAGAAGAAGCAUGCUGAUAUUGAACGGAAGAAGGCUGACGGUUAUCGGAUUCAGUUGGAGGCAUUAAGGAAAGAAGCCAAUGAAACAAAAGCAAAGUUUAUGUCUGAGAUUUCACAGCUUGAAAAGGCAAUUAAAGAGUUGGAAAGAGAAAAGCAUCAGAAAUUUGAGGAGGCAACCAAAAGGAUUGGGGGCAAAAAAAAGAAGGCCAUGACAGAGAGAAAACAUACAGAUAUAGAAUUGAUGGAAGCAGAAGAGCAAAGAAAGCUUGUGGAAGUGAAUAGGAAGAUGGCACUGGAAGAAAAAUCCCGUGCUGAUAAGCUUUCUUGUCAGCUUGAGGAAAGUAGACAUAAAACUAAGGAACUGCAGAAGCAAAUAAAGGAAUUUUGGUCCUCUAGAAAAGCAGUCGAGGCUCCUACUACUUCACCUAGCAAAGACGUGAAUGCUGAAACCAGAAACUUGAAGCUUCUAGAGAAACAAUUGAAGCUUGAAAAGAUGCGUCUGAAGUAUGCGAAACAAGUGUCAAAGUUGGAAAAGAACCGCAAUAUUAAUCUACAAAAUGAACUAAGUCUCAUAAAGAUGGAUUCUGUUCAAAUUUCGCGACGCCUGGGUGCACUGGAUAAAUGGUUCUCAUCUGGACUUGAAUGUAGAGAGGACUUGGAAAACGCAGCACACAUGAGAAGGCCAAAGUUGAAGAGGAAACUCUGUGAUUUGGAACCAUUUCCAAUGUAUGCUGAAACUGAAAGUGAACUUCUCAAGUCUAGCCGCAUGACUUCAGCUGCCUCUAAUCCUGUCAGAAAAACCCUUUACUGUAAUGCUCCAUUGUUCCCUGUGUCUGGAGGGUAUUGUACUGCAUCUAUUUCAGGUAUUGAUUCUAAAUUGAAGUCUCUGGAUGGAGGCUCUUCCCAAAAAUUGUUACAGAGUUCUGCAAUGAAUUCCAGUUCAGCAUCUUUUUCUGAUGGUCAGUUGGUCGGGUCACAGGAAAGGGGUGCUUUUGUUCCCACCUCAUCGGAGAAAAAGGUAGAAGAAAAUGAUGGAAAAACAACUUCAUGCAUGUUUGGUGAAGUGACAAAAACACAAUGUAAUGAAAAUGUUGCUGUGGUGGCUGAAAAUAGUAUUAGAAGUCCAAAUAGUGCUGAUACUUCUGGAGGAGUUAAUGGACGUGCACGAAAGUUUAAUAGGGUGUUCAAUGCAAUUGAAUCUGUUGAGGUUUUAUAUUCUGAGGGUAGGAAGUUGCAUCUGCAGAUGGAAGAGAAACUCUCUGUCUUGCAUGGUAUGCUAAAUAGGGAAAUAGACAAACCAGUUGAAGCAAGUUUGCAAGAUGGCUCAUAUGCUAAGCAUGAGGGGGGUCGCAAGAAGAGAAAGGUAUCUUGUGAUGAGAGAAUAAUUUUGCAGCAUUUGUGCAGCAGAGAUGAGCAGGAGAGGACUAUAAAAAUUAGAAGUAAUGUCCAAAAUGAUGGAAAUGCUUAUGGACCUGCUUCGUCUUCUGCCAUGGAUCUGUUGGGAGUGCCACAGGAAUGCAUCAAGGGAUUAAGUGAUUCUUUCGGAUUUGAUCUUGAAAAAAGUGAAAGGUUUGAGGAAAUAGAAAAUGGAGAUUAUAUGAAAUUGCUGGACCUGGAUAAUACUGCAGAUGAGGAAUGUUACAGAAGAGCAAUGGAAAUGCCAUUAUCCCCUACUCUUCCUGAGAUUGAGAUUUCUAGGAUUGAAACAUUUGAUGUGGAUAACUUCAGAGCAUUUAACUUCAAUGGAGGAUUAUCAAAUGAGAAGGAAGUUUUGGUGCCUUCUCACAGACUUGAUGUCGCUGGUGUGGAAGUUAGUUCCAACAACCUGAGAUGUAUUGUUUCAGGAACUCCCUGUAAUGAAAUCUUGCGUGAGAAUAAAGGUCUUGUGGAUUCUGUUGAUAUGUUAGGGAAUGAGAAGGGUUAUUGUAAUACUGUGGGAAUUAAAGGAACUUCUGAUAGACAGACCAGGGACUCUGAAGUGGUUGAAAUGUUGAAUAUGCCCAGUUCCAGUCUUAACUCUUCAGACAUUUCAUCUGAAAGCAAACUUGGCUUACCACACGGCAAUAUUCCUGCAUACUGUGUAGUGUUUUCUAAUAUCAAUGACCCUAGAAGUGUUUCUAGGAUUUUUUGUGCUAUAAGAACUUGCAUGGCUCGCUGCUCUUUAGAUACUGAACGAGAAUGCCUGGUGCAAAAGAUCUUCCAUGCUCUUAAAACUGAAGCUAAAAUCUCACCCAAGGAGAAGGCUUGUGCACUUUUCACAUUGUUGCUACUGAAUUUUUCUUGGUGUACUUUGGAUAAAUGUGGAAAUUUUGCGGAUAAGAAUUUUUUCCUUUGCCUCGAUUCUUUUGCUUGCCGGAUUAAUGCAGUGGUGUGUGCCGUUGAGGCAAGAAGCUUGUUUGCAGAGUUAUGUUGUUGUGAGGAACUGGUUGGUCUCAUUGAGGAUUUUCUCAUAAAUGGGCGAUUGAUGGUGCACAGUGAUGCAUCGAUUGAGAGACUUGAAGGAUGUGAUUCAAGGAUAAAUAUCUUUCUGGACGGUAUAUAUCUUAAUUUCUCCUCCAAUCCAGCUUCAGCUGACCAGCUGGUGGCAGGGAGCAUCAUAUUAGCAUCAGUAUGUGCAGCAAUAGACCACAUUGAGUUUAUUUGUGAGGCUUCUUACAACCUUUUACAGAUCCGAAAGUAUGAAAAUGAUACUAUAUUAAUAAUCCUUCAUGUUUUUGCUUACCUGGGUGGCAAGAAAUUUCUCUCUCUGGAGGAGUACAGUUUGACAAUGACUGUGUUAAGAUCCAUAGUAGUUUUUCUUGAGGGGGACAAUUCAUUGGUUUCUUCAGCUUCUUCUCUUUCACCUUCUCACGCGGUUAGAAGUAAGUUCCACCCAUGUGCUAAAUGCCCGUUUGGUGCAGUUUCUGUGGAUGUCGUUAUAUCAUUGCUCUUGGAAAAGCUUCAUGGUUGUGCUCUUUCAGUAACCACGCAUCAGCAUAUGAUGGAAUCGGCUAAUUUAUCUAAUUCCCAUGUCCUCUGCACUAAGGAAUAUGCUCAACAGAGCUCAAGUCACGAACAAAUUUUUGGUGCCCUUGAUAUGAACUGUGGUGCAUCCUAUGAUAAGUCCUCUACUCAUUCAAACUCUGUUGGCAUUGGGUCUUUAUUUGAUCUCAGUGACGUCCUAUCAUUGGUGGAACUGAUUGCUUGCUACAUGAGCUGGGAGUGGACAUGUGGUAGGAUUAUUCCAGUGUUACUGGAGAUUUUAGAAAGACCUAUGGUAGACGACUUUGCUGUUGCUGUUGUUCUUCUCCUUGGUCAGCUCGGAAGGUUUGGAGUUGCUACUUGUGGUCGCGAGGAUAAGGAAGUUGAGAGCUUGAAGUCUAAAUUAUUUGGUUUUCUCUGGCAGAACACUACUAGCAGAUCAUCUCUUCCUGUACAAAUUGCCACUGUUACUUCUAUACUGGGGCUUCUGCGUCUUGAUUUUAAGGAUGUUGUCCAGAGUGAUUUAAAGCUUCCAAAAGUUGCAAGUCAAUCUGUAUAUAUCGAUCUUCUACGGAAGUGGGUUUCCAUACUAAGCAAGGAGCAACAGAACUUGUCCUAUAGUCUCUUACAGUCGGCUGCUAUAGUUACAAGCUGAUUUUCUUUUUUUACUUUUCUGACUGUAUUUUUCCUGUCUGUAGCUCGAGAGUCAUGUCAAAUCAGAAAACAACUGUUUUGAGGUUUUCCAUUUGAUGGGUUUUCUUCUAUCAGAGUAGCGAUGUUAGGAGCAACUAGAAAUUUCUUAAACCUGUUGAAAAUUGAGGAAAAGAUGAGGGCGAUUUUGAGAUAGCUGGUAUGGAAGCCCCCAAGUUCUUGUACAAACUUGUAAAAUUUUUUGCACCAUCUUUUGUAGUUAUAUAUAUCUCUUUAAUUCAAUAUACGCAGCAGUGAUUUUAGUA